AUGAUCGAGGAAGCUAUGAGCCAACUCAAUUCCCGCCCAACACGCUCUCGUCGUUCCAGCCCUUUUGUGUCCGCACAACGCAAUCCGAAUUCAUCUCCAGCUACCGUCGCAGAUACAGGUCGAAAAAGAACGUUUAUGGACAAAUGGACGGAGCCUCCUAUUCCUGCGCCUUUACCAUCUUUUGCGGAAGCUGGAAUGGAAAGGCACGGGGUGGUCGCAAAUAUGGCACCACUUGGAACGCGACCGAGCGCGAAAGCUGUUAAAUCUUCUGCCAAACCCGAAGCUGGAGAUGCGAAUGGAAGUGGACUUGAUGGCGUUGCUACAAUGAUGGAUGCUGCUCCUCCUUCUUUAUCGGCCACACCACAAGAAGCACCCCAAGAAGUGAUAGUCACUUCGGAACAUAUCCCGAACGCUUCGCGACGACGAUCUACAUCUACAAGAAUCGAAGACCUCGAAUACAACGCACCUUCGACUCCUCAACAACCAAGAAGCGCGCGAAGAAGUGUUACUAGAUCGAGUGCCGUUCCUCAAAGUGCAGGCAACGAAAGUGAAGGACCUAACAUGUAUGCGACUUCUUCAGCCCAAUGCGCACCAGUCCUACAACAUUCACCUUCUCUAGCUUCUUCUUUGGGCUAUAAUGGAAAUAUAAAUUAUACAUACGAUGAAAGAGAUGAGGCUCGUCAAAAGGAGGGUCGAGCUCGUGCAGAACUGGCCGCUCUUCGGAGGAAGACUGCUAAAAUUAUAGAACUAGCUGUAUCUCGAGCGAUCGAAGAGCAGCGUUGGUCUACUGCAUAUGCUUUACGAAUACUUUUCGAUGAGGACAUACAGAAUUUCCGCAUGCUCGCUGCAAAAUUCGUCUACGAGGAGGCUACCAACGAGGAUAGUCGGGAGUUUUACAGAUUGGUCACGCUCAAGAAAAAGGAAGGCAGAAAGGGCAAGACUGCUGAAUAUUAUUUCAACGGAGAUGGUAGCGAUCCUCCACCAUAUCGACCACGACGUCAUCAAGCUCCAGCACCACCAACCACUCAACCUAUGGUAUUCGCACCUUUCAACCCGAUAUUCGAAACAAUAAAGCCAUAUUCCUCUCCGUAUGCUUCGAUAUACGCUCAGGCACCUCAGCCGCCACCAUCUUCUUCUACCAACAAUGAUUCAGCAGCAGGAGCUGGUGAUCCUGUCAGACGUUUGCCAGAUGAAACAGCAUCCUCCACAUCUCUAUCGCCACGAAAGGAAGGAGAUUGUGCUCUUCACCCCAAUAAGAAGCACAAAGCAAAUAGUUUUACAGCUACGAAUGAGGAAAUAAAUAGUAAUCUCGAUGCAAGUGCAACCGGAGCUGAUGAAAUCACGAAGCAGCAGCAGGACGGAGUUGUACCGGCUUCUUCUCCCGCUGCACUUUUAUCAUCUCCAUUACCUAAAUUAUCGGAUCGACCAAGAGCAGUCUCGAUUUCAAGCACAUCAUCAUUAUCUUCAGUUGAUGAACAAAUUCUCGAUAAUGAGGAUUUUAGUCCUAUGGAAUUUGACCACGCUCAUAAUCAUGUUGGUACAACAAAGCCUUCGGAUGGUUUCGAACAAUCCAAGGGCCAGGAUAUUGUUGGGGCGGGUAACGCCAAUGACAAGGUCAAAUUUGGUGCGUCCGUGUCAACCGAGACCCAUUCAAAUUCUGGAGGGUCAGUCAUUCAAAAUCAACCAAUAAGAUCAAAAGAUUUGUCUAGGUUCGAAUCAGACACAUUUUCAUCAAAUAAUUCCAAUAAUAAGAGUCGACCUCUAAACAAAUCUAAAACCUCGUCAUCCGCGACUCCAUCCUUCUCUGCUAUCAACAUUCCGACAAGAUUCAAUAAUACAGCCACAAAUUCAAGUUCUCGUGUUGAUACCAACAAUAAUCAGGCAAAUUCAAAUAUGGCGCCUGAAUUGGUCCGUAACUCUUCGUCAUCUUCUGUUGGAUUGGUUCCAGUGUUAAAGCCAGUGGUUCUUAAAAAGCCAUCAAUCGUAUGGAAAUCAAAGAAGAAGCAGGCAAUUGAUCGUCCUACAUAUGAAGAGAGUGAGAUGGUUGGUAAAUGGAAGCGCAAGGCGCGAGAAAUUACCAACGGUAUCACUGAAGACUUACGGGUUGAGAGUUUUGAACGUGCCGACAUAGAACCAAGAAGUAUUGCAACUCCAGUUCGAGGUGUUGAAUAUGCAUCUGAUGGAGGGGAUUCUGUGUCUAUUCCUACUGCUCCUGCUUCCGCUUCUGCAGCAACUUCUAGCCGUCCAACCAAAGCUAUCCGAUUAGUCACUAAGAGCGAACGAGCCAGCAGAAGACAAAUUGCUACUGCUUCGGUCACCAAUUACGAUUCGGAAAUGAGUUCACCCACAGGACUUGGAUUUCAAGCAGAUUUACCUCCUGGAUCAUUAUCAAAUUCCCGUGCUGGCACGCCCUCAUCUAAUCGACCAUCUAGAAAGGCCAAGAAUGGCACUGGUCUACGUGUCAAAACUUCACCAAUGAAAAAAAAGAGCGGCCCUUCAGCUGGUAUUCCAAGAGCAAGCGGUGAACGAGAUAGUCCAGUUGGAGGAGGUUCUUAUACAAAUGCACCGAUUGGCUCAGAGAAUGACGACUACUGUGCGUCUUGUGGAGGUAACGAUCCUCCAAUCGACCCAGGUACGUUGGCAGAUGAAGAGUGGUAUUGUAACGCAUGUAUUGCACGAAAUAUCCCUCGGUCGAAGGAAGAGGAAGUUGGCUUUUUCGGUCCUUUGUUAGCAAACUUGGAGAGAAAGAAUCCAAGUGCUUUCCAUCUCCCAAAAGCAAUUCGGGAAUAUUUUGAGAACGUCAAAACCGGAGCUGAAGGAGAGUACGAAGAAGGCGUCGUACAAAAACCAAAAAAUAAUCGAGGUUACGACGAAGCUCCGGAUUACUUCAGGUUAAAAGAUAACAAAGGAAAUCCAAUCAUCUGUCAUAACUGCCACCUCUCAGCAUCUCAACCAAGUCGAGCAAUUAUUCCAUGUUCUUAUUGCAGUCUCUCGUGGCAUUUAGAUUGUUUAGAUCCUCCACUUGCAAAAGAACCUCCACCUGGAAAAUCUUGGAGAUGCCCAGCUCAUGUUGAUGAUCUUCUCGAGCAGGUGCCAGGAUCUUUGGGCUCAGCUCAUCGUUACCGAAAGAUCAAAGGAGCCUCACUCAUCAAGCCUGUUUUGCCUCGUGGUCACAAGAAUAAUGGCCACAUUGAGAUUGAGAAUACUGUCUCUGAAGAUGAAGAUCAAGGUAGUGGCUUCUACGAGCAGAGAGAAUAUGGUCAUGUGUACAAACUUCCAGAGGACGGUAUUAAGCUUGACUUCAUUUCACGGAUUCAUCGUGAAUUUGGUCAAUACAAUCAACGAAGCUUUGCCAACAAUAGAACAUCGAUCCCAAGUUUACAAUCACGACCACAAAUCGUCGAAUUCAAUAGACGUGAUAUCGAUGAACAACAAGCUGCGCUCAAUCUUGCAUAUUUAGCAACUGCCAAUCCGUCGAUCAAUCUUACACAAGAUCUAAUUGAUGCCUUAAUUUCCGAAGCUGAUGAACCAGUUAUUAAGUUAAUAGCACAAGGAGAUGCAUCCAAGCUCUCUACGAAAAAGCCAUUAACCCAAGCUGACAAAUCAUCUCUGGUGGCUAUGACAGCAUUCCUUCAAGAACGUCUUGCUACCGCUAAUGAUGAAGAGGUCGACGCUAUGGCGGUUGAUGAUCAGGAGGAAGUAUUGUGA